AUGGGUGAGCUUGUAAAUGCUGCAAGAACAUUAGGUGAAACAGGAAAUUUUGUAGAUGGUUUUAAAAGACUUGUUUCAAAUGUUUUAACAAACACAAAGAAAUUAUUUAGAUAUACCAUACAUAACGGACGGAUUUUCGAACAGGUAGCAACAAACCCUCCGGUUAUGGCUGCGUUGAUGAUGGUUAGAGAUAUAAAACCACGUAACGACGGGAACGAAGAACAUGAACAACAGAGCCCAACGGGCUCAGAGCCACAUAGUGGCGAGGAUACUGGUCGGGUUAUUCAAGACAUUAAAAACGUGUAUCCUGAAGUUAUUGAUUUAUUUAGAGGAGUUAAUGAUUCAAUUUCAAAACAUUCUAUAACCCUCGAUGAAGAGAAUAAAUUAACAGAUUAUAUAUUCGUCAUUAUUGCAGAAUUAAUGAAGAGAAUAAAUGAAAAAGGAAUUGGUGAUAUCAUUAAUGUCAGCGAUGUAAUGAUGAAAAGAAAUUUUGACUCAUUAUUUACAAAACCGAAAACAGAAUAUAGUCUUUAUGACGUAAUUACCGAAUUAAUGAAAAAGAUUAAUGAUAAUAAGAGUUCUGGCGGAAGAGUUGAAUUAGAAGUGAAUGAUGUUAAUGAGAAAUUAGCCGAAAAAGCAGAUAAAAACCACGUUCAUUAUAUAACUUCAGACGAACAGAUUAUAACGGACUACCAUGGAUAUUUAACACGAAGUGAUGAAGCGAAGACAAAAAAUGUUAAUGAAAGAAGAUAUAAAUACAUUCGUGCUAAAGGUUAUGACAUAAGCUGUACUGUACAGUAUGACACAGGUAAAGCACCAGAAGCAUUUAGUUAUAACGAUGAAAUUUAUGCCUCUACUUUCUCUGUUAAUGGUGUAUUAGUUGAACCAAGAUUUAUGUUAAGAGUUAAGGCAAAAAUAACGUUUGAAGAUGCUAUUAAAAGUAAAGCUGACAAAGUUGAACUUGACGCAACGAACAAAGUUUUGAAAUCUCAUAAACACAACAUCUCCGAUAUAAAUGAACUUCAAACUUCUUUAGACAGUAAAGCUGACAAGAACCAUACACAUAAAUCCUUCACUACUGUUAGAGCAGACGACAUAAUAUUGAACUUUGACCUUGGUUCAAGUGCACCAUUAGAAAAUCCAAGUACAAGCGUAAAAGAUACUCUUAACAGUUUAGAUAACAGUUGCAGGAACAUUGAAAGUCAUGCCAGAAACUUUGAAGCACAUGAACUACCAGCAAUGUUAGAUAAGAAAGCAGACAAGAACCAUACACAUAAAUCCUUCACAACUGUUGCUAUAGAAAGUAUUGAAGGAACGGUUGAAGAAACUGGUGGGGAGGGCGGAGCCCCGCCGCACGCGGCUGCAUUAUAUUGUAAACCUCCUAACUUUCCACAAGGUUUAACAUCGGAUGACGACAUAACGACGAUGAGAAACAUUAGAUGUAAAGAUGUUUAUGUCAUGAAGGAUGAACAUAAUAUUAAAUUCACUGCUCAAGAUUUAUAUGACAAGAAAGCAGACAAGAACCAUACACAUAAAUCCUUCACUACUGUUAGAGCAGACGACAUAAUAUUGAACUUUGACCUUGGUUCAAGUGCACCUUUAGAGAAUCCGAGUACAAGCGUAAAAGAUACUCUUAACAAUUUAGAUAAGAGUUGCAGGAAUACCGAAGAUCAUGCCAGAAACUUUGAAGCAUAUGAACUACCAGCAAUGUUAGACAAGAAAGCAGAUAAAACUUAUGUGGAUGCAGAACUAACAAAGAAAUUUUCGAAACCAGAUACAAUGACAUUUACAACAGAAAUUAUAAAUGGUGAACCAGCAACUCCAUUUGAAUUUGUUAGAGGUCUUCAACCAGAUACUUUUGAAUUUUUCUUGGAUAAUUCUAUUGAACUAACAUUACAUUAUAAAAGUGGAACAAAUGCAACAUUUCAUCCGGGAGAUACAUUCCAAAUGGUAUUUAAUGACAUAAGUUCUUUAGAAUAUGUUUAUAGAGUUAUGAGCAUAUAUGAUUUAAUAUAUCCUAUAGGAGCUGUUUAUACGUCUAUGAAUCCAAUAAAUCCAAACACUUUAUUUGGUGGUAGAUGGUAUGAAAUAGUUGACAGUUUUCCAUUCUACACUAAUACGCAGUCAAUGAAGAUGGGAGGUUCAAAGAAAAUAGGUAUUGAAAACCUUCCUUCACAUAUGCAUAGGUUCAGUGGAAGAACAUCUGUGGAAGGAAACCAUUCACAUUCAAUAACAAAAAGAGGUUAUACAAAUCUUGCAGCGGGUUCGGAUAGACAGGGAAUGCAUAGAUAUGAUAUCACAACUGACCCCAAAGAUGUUAGCACAGGUAUUUUCUGUGGAACUGCAGGAAAUCAUACACAUGUUGUAGCUGGUAUUACAGACCCAGCAGGUAAUGGAAAAGAUUAUAUGCCUCCUUAUAUAACAAUGCACGCUUGGAUACGAGUUGGUUAA